AAAUUCUCACGCUUAAUCAACGAAUCAUGUGAAAAGAGCUUCAAUUUCGCAAAAAAAAAAAAUGGAUACAAAAUCGAAGAUCUCGCAGUCCCGCAAGAACCACAACAAGUCAAGCAAGAAGCACGACGCCAACAAGAAACAUCAACAACAAGAGGACGAUGUCGGAAUCACGAACUCGUGGAUCUGCAAGAACGCGUCUUGCAGAGCCAACGUGCCGAAAGACGAUUCCUUUUGCAAGAGAUGCUCUUGUUGCGUGUGCCAUUCUUUCGACGAGAACAAAGAUCCAAGCCUCUGGUUGGUUUGCGAGUCCGAGAAACCAAACGACGUCGAGUUCUGUGGCUUGUCGUGCCAUGUCGAGUGUGCGUUUCGUGAAGACAAGGUUGGGGUUACUAGUAUUGGUAACCUGAUGAAGCUUGAUGGGUGUUUCUGUUGCUACUCUUGCGGCAAAGUCUCUGAGAUUCUUGGAUGUUGGAAGAAGCAGCUUGUGGCGGCAAAGGAUGCGCGAAGGAGAGAUGUUCUGUGUUACAGGAUAGAGAUGAGUUACAGGCUUCUCGAUGGGACUUGUCGGUUUUCUGAGUUACAUGAGGUUGUUAAAGCUGCUAAGUCUAUGCUGGAAGAUGAAGUCGGUCCUCUUGAUGGGCCUUCUGCGAGAACUGACCGUGGCAUUGUUAGUCGGCUUCCUGUUGCGAGCGACGUGCAAGAGCUCUGCACUUCUGCUAUCAAAAUGGCUGAGGAUUGGUCAGCCAACAUAGCUAGAGAUUCGAUUCCUGCUGCGUGCAGGUUUCAUUUUGAAGAUGUUGCGUCUACACGCGUGACUCUUCGUCUGAUUGAGCUCCCUAGUGCUGAAGAAUGUGGAGUAACGGGUUAUAGGUUAUGGUGUUUCAAGAAAGGAGAGACGCCUGAGGAUGACCAGUUUCUUGAUUUGAGUAGAGCAGAGAGGAGGAUAUUAUUAGCUGACCUUGACCCGUGCAAGGAGUACAUGUUCCGUGUUGUAUCUUACACAGAAGCUGGUUGUUUAGGUCAUUCUAACGCUAGAUGUGUUACAAAGAGCGUUGAGAUAUUGCGUGAUAACUCUGUGGAGGGUAGGACGAAGAGGAGGAUUAACGUAUUAGGAAAUGAUCAGGCUUCAGAUCGAGAGGAGAAAAGCAGCAUUUCCUCGGGAUUUCAAAUCGGGCAACUUGGGAAGUAUGUGGAAUUGGCUGAAGCUCAGGAGGAUGGCCUGCUUGACGCGUUUUACGAUGUAGAUACUGAUAAAAGCAGUGAGCCAGAGGAAGAAGUGCCACCUCGACGACCACUUGGGUUUGACCUUAAUGUAGUUUCAGUACCAGACUUGAAUGAGGAGUUCACUCAACCUGAUUCUUCUGGUGGUGAAGACAAUGGAGUGCCAUUAGAUUCACUAGCUGAGGCUGAUGUUGGUAACGGUAAUGGUAAUUAUAAUGAUGAUGAUGAUACUGUGUCUAACGGUACACAGAAGAACAACAAUUGCUUGGUGAGAUCAGAUGGAAGCGGUGAUGAUCCCGAGUUUGAUUUCCUCAUGACCAGGAAGAGGAAAGCAGAUUCAAUCAGUCACGGAUCAGAGAACAACGAGUGUGACAGUUCACCGAUUGAUGACACUAUUGAGAAAUGCAUGAAGGUGGUUAGGUGGCUGGAGUGCGAAGGCCACAUCGAGAAAACAUUUAGGAUCAGGUUCUUGACAUGGUUCGGCUUGAACUCGACUGCUCAAGAGCAAUCUGUUGUGAGCACGUUUGUGCAGACUCUAGAAGAUGAUCCAAGCAGCCUUGCUGAGCAGCUUCUUCAUGUAUUCUCUGAUGUUGUCUCCAACAAAAGGCCAAACAAUGGAUCUUGAAGCAGUAGCAAGCUCUUUUACUAAUCAAUUCUUUGUUAGUAUUAGUAUUUAUGAAUAAUAUAUUAUUAGAACCAAAAUAGUCCAUGAUUUCUCCCUAACAUGGAUUUCGGAUAUUAUUCUAUCUUUGGAUUGGGUGUAGGAUUUGACCUAAAAGACUCUUGAGGGCAAGCAUUUUGCCUUUCUUCCUUGUUUAUGUUCAUAUCUAUUGAAACUAAGAGGUCUUGAACUAUUUGCUUUGUUGUGUAUCUCACUCACUAUGAAUAGUUUGUUAUUA